AGACACGACAUUGCAAUUCAGAUGUGCGUUCAUCAAAUACUUGGAGCUCCCAACACACGAUCGGCUAAACUGUGUCAUAUUAAAACAAUUUCCAAAUGAUUUAUACGAAAUAUUGUUGGUAUUGCUGGUAUUGUGCUUCGUAUUUGACAAUGGCAGUGCCAGCGUCGGUGCAGGUGCCUUAUUGCUAUCAAAAUGUGUCGAAUUUGGUGACAAAUCGGUGCUGCUGAUACUUUUGCUUUCUCUAUUGAUUUUGAUUUUGAUUUUAUUGAGUGUUCGAUCGGCAUUACUAUCGCAAUAUGCUGUGCUCGGGUUCGAUGAUACGGUCAAUACAUUUGAUUUCAAUAUAUCUUCAGUGCUUCGCUCAUGCCUCUCAUAAUAAUAAUCAUCGGAGAGUGCUUCAUCAUCUUUGUCACAUGAAUCGUCUGACAACAAACUCUCACCGUCGGAAGAACUAUUUGUGCUAUCGUCGGAACGUGUUCGUCGUCGUCGUCGGCGUGAUUUUUUUGCAGGCACAUUCUCUCGACAUUCAUCUAAUGAAUGCUGUGACAUUUAAACAAGCGUAACGUGUUUCAAAAUGAAGAGGAACCAAAUAUAUUAAUUUAAUAACAUUGCAAAUUAAUCACACUUGCACACACACACACACACACACACACACACACACACACACACACACAAGCAGUCUAAUAACAAAACAACAAGUCCGAAAAAUAACCGAAUUGAAUAAAUCGAAAUUAAAUUAUAUCCCGGUGCCGUCGAUUUGAACGCUACAUCUCUCUGUUCAUUAGGAUCGCGAGUAAAACAGAUAAUUAUUCGAAUUUUUUUCCCGAUGCACACGUCAUUUAGGACACAAAUUAAAAUUAAUUGCUUUUGACAGGCACCUUCUCUCUUAAAACAAUUUGUUUAUCUAUCGGAAGUGAACGAAAUAAUCAAAUGGAAACAAAAGGAAAUGUUUGCCGACGUUUCACGAGAACAUUAAUUACAUUCAUGAUAGAUUUCGAAUUAAUUUUCGGUUUGCGUUUUGUGCACCGUUUAUUGGUUGUUGGCGUCCCACAAAAUUGACACUAAGCCAAGCCGAUUGUGUGAUUGGGCCGCGCGCAAACAAAUUUCAAGCGAAAAUGGAAAAAUAUCACUUCAAAACGAGUCAGCAGAUUUUUCAUACAGCCGACUCUCAAAAAUCACUGUUUGUUUUGUUUGUUUUUGAUGUUGCUGUUGCUGUUGCGUCGCAUCGCGAUAAGUGCCACUGCCGUGACUUGUCAUUUCAAUAUGAAGUGUUAAAAUGUGCUGAGCGCUGACCAUAUUUUCUGUCAUUUUUGAAAUGUAAACACUUCAGUUCUGUUUUAUUGGCCUUCAAUGAACUGUUGAAAAUGUGACCGUUUGAUUUUCGAUGGUGUUCGAAAGCGCAAAACCGUGCGAUUUGAACAUCUGUAUCCUUGAACUACGCACAAAAUGCAAGUUUAUUUUUGAUUGAAGCUCGUGCACGUUUUGUGAGCGACUCACAUUAAACAAAAAUCAUCUGUUUCGACUCGUCAGAGUGUGUCAUACGCUUAAGCUGUCUAUUUUGUUUUUCUUUCUAUUUUCUCAUUACGUUUUGUUUCUUCUUUUCUGUUCAGUCAUUGACAUGAAAUAACAAAAAAGAAAUAACGGUCACAAUCUAUUUAUAUUUGUAUUGACCCUUGUAAGCGUAUACAUUUCGUGUGGUAAAAUAGCAGUAGCAACAACAACAACGAAAACAAAAACAAAAACAAAAUGAAUCCUGCUCGUUGUUUAAAAUGUCCAAGCAAUAUUCCACGCGUCCGAUAUCGAUUUCCAUAUCGACAUCGAUAUGGAAGUUUAUGUGCGAUUUUGCAAAUCAUUUCUUUUUCCGUCUAGUUUCUUUCGCUAUUUUUGCCUUAGUGCAUUCGUUCACCUCUAAUAGCAAUGUUAUGGCAACUCAAGCGAAACGAAUCUCAAAAUACUCACAUAGUUUACGGCACUUAUUGGAUUAUAGUAGAACACAACCGCACCGUUUUCUUCACCAACCGGCCGCGGCUGAAUUUCCUGCCCGCUGAACUGAUAAUACGGUUCGGGUGCGGAUGGAACAUACGUAAUAUGGAACACUCGGUCGUCCAACACCUAUUUCAAUAUAUACAAAAUGCAUACCGUAAAUUGAAUGAAUGAAUACACACACGAAAACAGAACAAAAAAAAAAAAAUCGAAACGAAUCGAAUCUAUUUGAAAACCGCAACGCAAAUCAAAAGCGGCAGCAAACGGAAGCCAAACCGAUUAUAGAUUGUAAUUUCAUGGUUUUCAUGUGUAUACAUGAUGUGGCAAAGGAAUUUCAAUUGUUAAACAUUGACCUGCUAUGUGAUAAAAGAGAGCGAUAUAGAUGGGGCGUUAAUGUACUCACUUGACAUUCAGCAGGCCAUCGGGCGGUCUGCUGUGAACAUUCAUUAUCCUUAUCUUUUGGCAAGGCGAACAGGUUGCGUGGCUCUUUCAGACGAGCUAUUGCUCGUGACGUUUGCAAAUCAGUAUUCACUUCCAGCUGAGUAGUUUUUAAAUUGUUUGCUAAAAAGCUACCCAGGAAUCCUUUUGUGUGUCGUAAUAACAUGUGCAACGGCGUUCAAAGAAAUCAAAUUAAAAAAAAAAAACAGAAGAGAGAAAAAGUAUGAAAUUAGAUGCAGUAGCGCUAUGGUCAAAUGUCGUUAAUAUUUAAUGCGAAUAAACGGAGCAGUGAAAUGUAUUUUUAUAUGCGGACUUGUGUGACCUCAGCUCUCGAUCCCAAUUUCUAAUUCCAUCUCAUGAAAAAUAUCAAGAAUAAAGCAAAAUAACAAAUUUUUUUUAUGUGUUUAAAAUGUAAUACGUGUUGCAAUCGGAACGCUCGGAAAUUCGUGUGCGUGUGUUUUACUCUAGAGCAACGCUCUUCUGCUCAUCAUAAAUUAAAAUUAAUGGAAAAUGUUUCGGCAGGGAGAAUAUAGUAUGGCAAAUGUCCAUAGCAUCAACAUGGGUCGUAUAUUGGACAAUGGUACACUUUUCACUGUGCGCACGUCCAACUGGCGACACAUUGAAGCGAUUUUUAUCAUCGAAAACAUUUAUUUUAUAGUUUGUUAAUAUUUUCGUUUCGUUGUUUUUUUGCUGUUGAGUGGAGUGAGAGAACGGAAAAGAUGGAUGACGCAGUCAAGUGGAAAUGUUCUCUAAUGAUCGGCAAUUGAUUGGAGGGAAAAAAACAGCCGGAGGUACAAAAAAAAUGGGUCGAAAAGUAACGGUUGCCGUUUCAACGCUCAAUCAAUGGGCUCUGGAUUUUGAAGGAAACCACUCACGAAUAUUGCAAUCAAUCAUUGAAGCUCGCGAAAUGGGUGCGACAUAUCGCACAGGACCUGAAUUGGAAGUUACCGGUUAUUCUUGCGAGGACCAUUUUCUCGAGCCAGAUACCUUUCUCCAUUCAUGGGAAGUGCUGCUGCAACUUAUGCUAUCGCCGUUAUGUCAGAACAUGUUGAUCGACGUCGGAAUGCCUGUGCAACAUCGAAAUGUGUCAUACAAUUGCCGAGUGGUUUUUCUCAACAAGAAAAUUCUUCUCAUUCGACCGAAACUGUCGAAUUGCGACGAUGGCAACUAUCGUGAGACUCGUUGGUUCACACCGUGGGCAAAGCGUUUUCAAGUUGAAGAAUUCUUCUUACCUCGAAUGAUUGCUCGGAAAAUCGAUCAGGAAAAAUGCCCGAUUGGCGAUGCAUUGGUUGCAGCACGGGACACGUGUUUAGGUUAUGAAAUAUGCGAGGAAUUGUGGAAUGUAAAAAGUACGCACAUUGAAAUGUCUUUGGCUGGAGCUGAGAUCAUCGUUAACUCUUCCGCCAGCUAUAUGGAAUUGCGAAAAGCAUACAUUGUUACGGAUCUCGUGAAAAGUGCCAGUUCAAAGGCGGGCGGUGCAUAUGUAUAUAGUAAUUUACGUGGUUGUGAUGGUCAGCGUGUGCUAUUCAAUGGUUGUUCAGCUGUCGGAUUGAACGGCGAAAUUAUCGCACGCGGCAAGCAGUUUUCGUUACAAGAUGUGGAAGUGACUUCGGCUACAUUUGAUUUGGAAGAUAUUCGGUCAUAUCGAAUCGCGGUUCGUUCUCGCUGCCAAUCUGCUGCAUCAGCAGUAAACUACCCACGCGUGAAUGUAGACUUUGAACUGACCAAACCUCAUGAUCUAUUCACUGCAACGAAUUCGCCAAUGGAAUGGAUUUACCAUUCACCGGAAGAGGAAAUCGCCUAUGGGCCUGCCGCUUGGCUGUGGGACUAUCUACGUCGUUCAGGUCAAGGGGGAUUUUUCCUUCCGCUCAGCGGUGGUGUAGACUCAAGUUCAACGGCAACCAUUGUACACGCAAUGUGCCGUAUGGUUGUGAAUGCAAUCCAAUGCGGUGACAUACAGGUGCUGGACGAUGUGCGGAAAAUCCUAGGUGAUCCAAAAUUUGUGCCCGAGAAUGCAGCUGCACUAUGCAAUCGCUUGUUGGUCACAUGUUACAUGGGUGGCCAGAAUUCAUCGGAGAAAACGCGCAAAUUGGCUUCAACACUAGCAGGUCAAUUGGGCAGCUAUCAUUUGGAAAUUAACAUUGAUUCGGCAAUUAGUGCCUUACUAAGCAUAUUUCAACUUGCAACGGGAGCUUCGCCAAAAUUCCGUAGACACGGUGGUUGUGCUCGGCAAAAUUUGGCACUGCAAAAUAUCCAAGCUCGUAUUCGAAUGGUGUUGGCCUAUUUAUUCGCACAACUUAUGCUUUGGGUACGAAAUCGUUCCGGUGGACUGCUGGUUUUGGGCUCAGCAAAUGUUGAUGAAUCGCUACGUGGCUAUAUGACGAAAUAUGAUUGUUCAAGUGCCGAUAUUAAUCCAAUCGGAGGCAUUUCGAAAACGGAUUUGAAAUCAUUUUUAAAUUUUGCCAAAGUGAAAUUCGAUAUUCCGAUCAUUGCGGAUAUCAUUGAUCAGCCGCCGACAGCGGAAUUGGAACCAUUAGAUGAUGGUCAAAUCACUCAAACCGAUGAACAAGACAUGGGAAUGACUUAUACGGAAUUGAGCACAUUUGGAAAAUUACGAAAGCAACAAUUCUGCGGACCAUACAGCAUGUUUUGUCGGCUGGUUUCUACUUGGGGCAGCCAAUACACUCCAAAAGAGGUGGCCGACAAAGUUAAGCACUUUUUCCGUUGCUACGCCAUUAAUCGCCACAAAAUGACCGUUCUCACACCGUCAGUUCAUGCUGAAUCAUACAGCCCAGAUGACAAUAGAUUCGACCACCGACCAUUCCUCUACCGUGCCAAUUGGCAAUGGCAAUUCAAGGCGAUUGACGAAGAGUUGAAUAAGUUAACAAUUAAAUCGAGCAAAAACGAAGCAUCACACGAUGAGCAAGAUAGUUCAUUGCCGCGACGUCAUUCGCAAAAGGACAUUAAAUCAUCGCUGUCAACACUAUCGUUUGGUGGUCACGAUUCAUUUGCCAGCGAAAAACGUCACUCGCUUCGUUCAAACAGCAGUGUUAUGGGAAAAAUUAAAGAUCGAACUGGUAUUCCAGUAUAAAAAAGCACCGCAAAAUUAGACUGUUAGUUGACUUAUUUGACUCAUUUCAAAACUUAUGAAUCUAGAAAGCUUUAAUUUCUUUAGGGGAACAAAAUAAAUUUUGAAUUUAAUUAGAAGAAAAAACAAAUUGACUCAUAAAUCUUUUUGAGAUUAUCAACGGAAUUUAUAAAUUCUAUACAAUCAUAUCAUUUUUCGAAAGUAGUUGCCUCACCAACAUUUCUAUAUUCUAAAAAACAUCGAUUCUAAAAUUAGCGAAACCAAUUAGCACAACGGCACUUGGCCACAUGAUAAUAAAAACGAACAACUUUUUUUAGCAGAAUUAUUAGAAACCAAACAAUAAAUUGCAUAGUGACUUCUCUUUUGAAUGUACAAACUUAUAGAAUAAAAUAGAUUAAAAAUCUAGCCGAA